CAUCCAGGAUCACGCACCCUUUGAGCUCAUAUUCGGCGAAGCAGAGCGUCUUCUCCGUCUCCUGAACAUCCAGUACGCGAGUAGGCGCAAUCAGACUGAUAGGGUCACCGUACAGCAGUUCUAUUGCGAGCUCUACGUUCGUGCGACCGAGGGUAUGGAUGACUUCGAACGUCUAACUCUGCUCACAACCUGCUUCGUAUACAAGACCAAGGCACGGGUACUUGAGUACCUUCGACUGCUACCCCAGGACAAAUUGAAAUGGGUGGAGAAGGCCAUGGCUAUAGUUGAAGAGCGAGGUCGGGACCGGUUCGAGGGAAACUUUGUCGGACAUCUGGCUUUGAUACCAAACAGGAAGAUCACGGAGGGUAAGAACAAGAGAAAACGCUUGGAGGAGGCAGGCGCUAUCGAGCCAACUAGUAUAGCACGAUCUGGACACGUACUAACACCCUCAGGCGAGAGCGACGCUGUCUCAGAAUCCGAUGCUGGACCCAGCAAUCAGCCAGCUUCGUCAAGCACUACUAUUCAUAUUAUAGGUCCGCCUGCCCCCGAUCCAAAGUCUACCCGUCCAGUCCGCGCUACCCGAUCUACUCGGAAACACGCCUCCCCACCCGCCAACGCCAAAACUACCACCUGCGACGUUCCCAGUCGUCCGAAGUCAACCGUUGCAGCUCCACGAACAACCCAAGCUCCACGAACCACCCAAGCUCUACCACCGCCUCCCCCGAUCUUCAUAAUCCCAACCCUCCCCCUCGGCUACCCCUCCCACAGCAUCUACAUCCUCGCUACCCUCAUCCCCCACGUGGAUCUCACCACUGACGCCAUCCUCGCGCAUCCCGCCGCCAGACAACUCUACCUUGGGCAGCACCUCAGGAGGAUCACCAAGCCGACCCUCCCCGACACUGUCAAGAACGACAAGAAGCGCACGGCGCAGUUCAACGCGCUGUUUGCCCAUCUGGCGGAGACGAGCGAGUUGUUAUGCGGAUGGGAGGGCCAGGCGGUGCUCUUCCGCAACCACGAGUUGAAGGGGUAUCAGAUGGAGGAUAUUGAGCAGUGGGUUGAGGCGUUCUGGUACGGGCGCGAAGAGAGGAGUGAGGGCCAUGAGAAGACGAAGAAUGUGAAGUUUAGUGAUGUGUUGAAGCGAGUACACCUCAUUGAGGCAAGAGGUGAGGGCGAGGAAAGCGAUGAGGGUGAGGAUGUGGGAGAUUCGGCAAAGGUGAGUGGAGAUGAUGCUGCUGCGAGCGAUGAGAUUGAGUAUGGGGUGGAGCCGGAACGGGAGAUGGAAGAUGUGGUUUCUACUGGCGUGGAUUGAUAUUGGGUGUGAGUUGGCAGCGGGUUAGGAUCACGGUACUGAUUUGGGCUGCUUGGGGCGGAGUGUAUUUUGAUUUUGGCUUGUUCAUCCAGCAUCACUGGCCUGGGGGGCUCCGGGCUUGGAUUCAGGCUUGGAGUGUCCGGCAGAUUCCAUUUUAGUUUGUGGGUGAUUGUAUAACUAUUCUGUAACAAUUUGAUUUUCAACUUCUUCAACAACAAUCCACAUAUCCCGCUCAUAGAUGUGUAA